AUGCCCGCCAACAACCUCUUCGAUGACUGCCAGCAUCCGGAAGUUACUGCACUCAUUUGGCCCAACCUCGGUGUUGCGGCUCUCAUGGAAAAGUACGGUGCCGAUACCAGCGGAGAAGCAUGGAAGAGGUUCUAUGGGGAGCUCCUUGAGAAGGACAGGAAGCUCUACGGGCGCCCAUACACUGCUAUCUCCAACAUCGAACCUAUCCCCACCAGCCGAUACACCACUCCCGCGCCGAGCAGAGCCCCGACUCCCCGUGCCAUUUCGAGCACACCCAGUGGCAGCAGUACCCCCUCGGCUGAGCAAUCUGGGUCUCACCGUGCGACUCCCGGUGCCAGGAGCUUGUUAGCUGCUUAG